GCUGCCUGCAGACUAUGGUGAUGUUCAGACUUUUGCGUUGCUGCUGCUGAAGAGGAGAUCUGGGAUCCUUUUGUUGAUUCCUGGGGUUGUGGUGCUUGAGGAGGCCCUUGAGGCAGGGCAGUUGGCAGAUGAGGCUGCUUUUUUGGGGCCUCCUUUUUCAGUCAAUGUUGAGCUUGCAGAGGAGGAUGAUGGCUCAGGUCUGGAUGUGAGAACUGGAGCUUUCUGCGUGGACUUCUGCGACGAAGUUCUUGCCAUGGCUAGAGAGUUUGACCCAGUUCCUGACUCCCUUGAAACCAUCGUCACUUUUGAGGCCUCUCGUCCAGAAGCACUUCCCAUGGCAUCGGAUGUUCUUGAGCAUGCUUUGAAGUGGGCUGAAGAGGCUUCUGGUAGGACAAAUUUUUACAGUGCUCGAGAAGAGCCGAAUGGUCCCCCGGAGAGGCCUCAAGGCCAACCCAAGAAGGGCCAAAGCAUGGAGGAGCUCUUGCAACUCCCGCUAUGCCAAGCCUCUCCGGGACAAGGCAGAAUCCUUCAGGAUUGGGCACUUCUGGACAGGGUCUUCGAGGUCCCAGAGGAAGCGAGCCCAGUUUUGGACAUCCUGAGCAAGCAGAGCGCAACCAUGACCACCCUCCGCCACGGCGGGUUCAAGGGUGCGAAAGAGUCUGGCCUUGCGCUUUGGCUCCUGAGCCAUGCUAUGGAUGCUGCGGCGUCCGACAACAUGCACAACUGCGAGGAGUUCAUGGCACUUUUAGCCCUUGCCCUGGAACAGUCAGUGCUAGAUGAUUGGCACCUUGCAUAUGUUUCAGGAGAGGCCGGCGUCUGUCACCGGGCUUGGUCGACCCUUUGCCGAUUUGGUUCCUCCUUCACUUGCAGCCACGACCUUGAGUUUCAUGAAGGAGGUCGAGGUGCUCUCUUCGAGAAAGCAAGAGGUGAAGAGUCCGAAAAAGGGUCAGAACCAGCCUCCAGCAGCUGCAGCAACGAAGGAGGAGGACAAUCCGAAUCCCAAACGCAAGCCAAGGUAUCCUCGGAAGCCAAAAGCGGCUCCCGGGGAGACUUCGAAUUAGAGGAUGUUCGUUUUUUGCAUGCGGAGGGGCAAGACGAAGAGCAAGCCCCUGAAUUUGAGCACAGUCCCAAAGUACCCCUUGAUGGUGGAAGGUGCUCGUUCUCGCCCUUCAUUCUGCGUAUGAUGGUGGUCUCCAGGUGGGACAUUACUGAUUACCUGUCAGACGAGCUGGUGAUGGCCUACCGUGAGAAGAAGAGGAGGUAUGACCGGCUCUUGCAUGGGGAUGGGCUUGGAAUUCUUCAUGAUGGGAGUCAGUUUGGCAUUGGCCAUGUCUGGGUUGCCUUCAAGAGCAUUUUUCAGGGAGAUCAUGCGGGGGUUGACCUGGCUACUGAGUCGCAUUCCCAGCUGCUUCAAAACUAUGGCCUCCUCAAUCUUCGUUCCAGGGUUCAGAGCCAUUCUCCACUUCAAGACGACAGGCUGGCUCAGGGUCUUUGCAUUGAUGACUAUUUUGCGGUUUCCGUGGAGGAGGAUGGUACGGCGCCUGACAGCUCGGCCUCUGGUUUUUGUUUUGACAAGGCGGCAUCAGCCUAUAGAGACAAGGACCUCUUGGGUUCCCCUGACAAAGACGUGCGUGCGGAGGACUCAGGCAAGAUCACUAUGCUGGGGGCCACUACUGACUCUUUGCACCUCUGCGUUGUUGGAGCCUGGGUUCGCAGCAUGGCAGUGAAGGGCGCACCAAGAGUUCUGAACUGCUCCGGAAGGCAGUUGGAGCGGUCUAAGGACUCGGCGGGGGGCUGCAAGUGGAUCACGGCUUGCACCCCUUCAGCGCCACCCCCCUGCAGAGACAAAUGUGCAAUCUCAGCCAGCGAGUCCGAAAAGGAAGUCAGCCAUGAAGGACGAGAGGAGUCCGUUGAGGAGACAAGUGAGGUUGCCAGCAGAGCCAGGGGAUCCCCACCGGGUCUUAUGAGGACGAAGGAUGCUCGAGAGGCAGUUCCACGACUGGAGAACAAGACCCGGUCGCAGUGGAAGAACAGGAUCUUCCAGUACAAAAGAAAGGAGGAGGAGAAGAGCGGAGUGUCGGCGAAGUCAAAAGGAAAAGGCGUGGCGGGAUCUCUCAGUGCAGUGGCAGCUGCAGCAGGGGAGGUGAAAGCUUGGGUUGAAGACCCCAUGUUGACAUUGAAGCCGUGCGAACAAUGGACCAAGACUCUCCCUAGGGCAAGGAUCAACAGCCAAAAAAGUGAAUGGUACAAGAUCUGCGGUGUGCUUUACGAACUUGGGAUCAUAGAAGCUAUUAGGUUAGAGGACAUCUUCCACGUUCAAAACGCCCCUGUCCUGAAUGGAGCGUUCGCCGUGGAGAAGAAGGGUAGGGCUGGUGUUGGCCAGUCACGAGUAACCCGUGUACGUUAUCAUGAUUUCAUCCCCGCUAAUUGCUUCCAGCGGUUGAUGGCAGGCGAUCUCAACACGUUGUCAAGUGUGAGCGCUUGGAGCCAGCUGAUCUUGGAUGACGAUCAGGUUCUUCUCUGGAGUGGGGGCGAUCAGAAAGGAGCGUUCUAUGCCUGGGAACUCCCACCUGCAUGGCGGCCCUUUAUGGCUUUCGCUUGGCCGGUUCCUGGCCACUUGGUCAGGUCACCUCGCCCCUGGGAAUAUGUGGCUUCCAGCGUUAUCUCCAUGGGAUGGAUACAGGCUGUUAGCUUGUUUCAGCAUCUCCAUAGGACUUCGGGUAUGAACCCGUAUCCUGCCGGCGCUGGUCAUCCUGAAGAGCUUGAAUGGAGGCGAGAUCGGCCAGCACCUCAAGCAUCGCAUGGGCUCACUCUGGAGUUUGUUCAAUUUUACUUUGAUGAUUUUGAUUGCCCUGAGAUUGUCUCCAGCGGUGGCUGGGAGCAACUCCCGGGAACAAUGAGCGAAGCCCACAAGAGACAGCGAGAGGCAUAUAGCAGAAGGGGGGUAGGAAUUUCAGAAGACAAGGCGCAUGUUCGGGAGCCACGCGUGGUACGUAUAGAGGUGGAUGGAGUCGGAGGCACCGUGGCAGUCCCAAAACAGAAACAGAUCGAGGUAGCCUUCUUUGGUAUCUGGUGUUUGGGGCCUGACAGGCCUCCAGUGAAAACCAUUUUAAUGGUGCUGGGCCGCCUGGUCAGGUGCUUUGAGUUUCGCAGACCACUGAUGGCAUUGCUUGCAGCGAUUCGGCCAAAUGAGACUUUCAGCCCUGUUGGCGGCCAGGGAAGGGUUGGGGGAUCUAGAAGUAAGCUCUUCUUUGAAAUGCCCCGCAUCUUCAAGGAGCUGGAAAAGAUUUUUUGUUGCCCUGUCUUCAAGUUUGUGGAAAAUGUGUAUUCCAUGACGAAAGAGAACCGAGACCAGUUCUCAACGACGCUGGGAUAUGAACCGGCUAUGUGGAAUGGCUUUUCCCCAACCUUUGCCCUGAUUCCAAUUGGUGGCUUGAUCCUCUUUGUUCUCAUGAAGGUUGCCUGCCCCUUCCAACCUUCACGCGUGCGCUGCCCAGGAGGACCCCAUCCAAAGCAACCAGCGGGCUUGCAGACAGCAAGCUCUGAGGCAAUUCGUCGGUGGCAAGCCGAUGCAUACAAGUUCCAGGUCUAUCAAUACGAAGCUCGUCACCUUGUAAGGCGAUAUGACGGGCAACUCAGGACGCCGUCCCUCAUGGAACGUGAAAAGCUCAUGGGCUUUCCUGCUGGAUAUGUUUCUGUAGGAUUCAGUCCAAAUCUUACCCUGGCAGAGGCCUUUGUCCAGGGCGCCUGUAUGAUUGGCAAUUCCUUCAACGUGUGCAGCAUCACCUUCCUGCUUGAUGAGCUCCUUAAACAUCAUGACCAAGCGCAUCGAGCCCGGCAACUCGACCGCAUUCUAGUAAGAGACGAUUCUGCUCCCCCAGCAUGGUGUGAUCACCCUGCAUUUGAUUCUACCUCCAAGCCUGAUGAACACAGCCGCAUGUUGGUGCAAGAGUUCUUACGCCAGGGUGACGCACGUCCAGCCCGUUUGCGCAGAGCAAUCCAGAAGUUGGCUGCACUCCUCGUGGCGGGUGAGAUUCGACUGGCAGUUGGGUACGUUCUCAGUCCUACCUUGCAUGGACGCUAUGCAAUCGCGGCAGGCAGAAUCCUGACCUUUUGGGAGCACAGCAAUUUGACCCCUCAACGCUGGGAAGACGUUGAUCUUGCUGCCUCCCAGUAUUUGGAACAUGUCUUUGCUGAAGGCUAUCCGAAAGGCUAUGGGUCAGAUGGACUGGACUUGCAGCACUUCAACAUUUUUUGCUUGAGGCCGCUGGGAAACUCAGGCACAGCUGGGCGAAUAGCUGAGGCGGCAGCGUUCCUUGUGGCCUUUGAUGCCUUGCUGCGGCCAGGGGAAUUGUAUGCCCUGACAGCAGGAGAUGUGACUUGGGCAUGUGGCAGGGCUGUCCUGUCUCUUCGCAACACCAAGUCUGGUCAGCGCAAGGGAGAGAGGUGGGGCUACCUGGCGCUUCAUUUCGGAGCAAAGCAUGGAAGCAACACUGCUUCGCGGGAUGGCCAG